AUGAAGAGCAGCGAGCUGCAUCCAGCCUCGAAAUACUCUUGUCGCAGUAUCGAUCCUACGGCGAAGGAAUACGAAGUUGCACCGAGGAAUAGAGAGGAGCUGAGAAGACAAAACAGCAAUCGGCGCUGCAAUCAAGAAGGGACGGAAAAUGUUUCCAGGCUCGGACAAGGCCCCCCGACCAUGUUUCUAAUUCUCUCCGUCCUCGAAGCGCCGGGGUGGAGUUUCUUGUGUACCAACGUAAAAAACUGGCACACUUUAGCAUCUCACUCUGCCAACAACUCUUCGUGCCUAUCCAUGACUUGCUUGCAGUCGCAUUUUCGGUGGUUUCAGACACCAGAAAGAGGGCGCCUCCGGGCCAAGCCGCCAAGAAACGCGUCAAACACGACCGAGGGUUUUGGUGCGGCACGGCGGGCUCAUCAGAGUGACAGCGGCCGGGGUCCGUCUGAAACCCUCCGAACAUGGAAUCGGUGUGGUUCGCGGUUUGCCCUCUCAGAGGCUCCAGAGUCCCAUUGCCAGCUGAGGAGCUCCCCGUUGUCCGGGCCUCCUUGA